GUGGCACCACAGGGAAUGGGGGUGGCACAGAGGGGUCCCCAAGGGUCCCCCCCUGUCACCUCUCUCCUCUCCCUGGCAGUCACCUCGGAGCAGAUCGAGCACCUGCACCGGCGCUUCAAGCAGCUGAGCCAGGACCAGCUGACCAUCCGCAAGGAGAACUUUGACAGCAUCCCCGACCUGGAGUUCAACCCCAUCCGAGGGAAAAUCGUCCACGCCUUUUUUGACAAGCGGAACCUGCGGCAGGAGUCGGACGGGCUGGCGGAGGAGAUCAACUUCGAGGACUUCCUGACCAUCAUGUCCUACUUCAGACCCAUCGAGAUGAACAUGGACGAGGAGCAGCUCGACCGCUUCCGCAAGGAGAAGCUGAAAUUCCUGUUCCACAUGUACGACUCGGACCACGACGGCAAGAUCACGCUGCAGGAGUACAGAAAUGUGGUGGAGGAGCUGCUGUCGGGGAACCCCCACCUGGAGAAGGAGUCGGCUCGGUCCAUUGCCGACGGGGCCAUGAUGGAGGCAGCCAGCAUCUGUGUGGGACAAAUGGGCCCGGACCAGGUGUACGAGGGCAUCACCUUCGAGGACUUCCUGAAGAUGUGGCAGGGCAUCGACAUCGAGACCAAGAUGCACGUCCGCUUCCUCAACGUGGACACCAUCGCCCACUGCUACUGAGAGGGGAGCAAG